AUGACCAAGGGAAUUACCCUACUCUCCAAUCUCAAUAUCUCCGCCUCACCCAAGCUCACAGCCUCUCUUCCUCACCGCUCACAGCCUCUCUGCCUCGCCGCUCAGAGCUCGCCCUCUCCGCCUCACUCUCUCCGCCUCACUGCCUCGCCAGUCGCCGCUCGCCCUCUCCGCCUCACUGUCUCUGUACCUCGCCUCACACUCUGCCUCGCCUUCUCUGCCUCGCCCUCUCCGCCUCACUCUCUCUACCUCUGUAACUCGCCGCUCACACUCUCUAGUCUCUUCCUCUCUGCCUCGCCCUCUCCGCCUCAAACAUUUUUCUUCCUCUCCGCCUCACUCAAGCUCACGGGUUUGAAUCUGAAAUUGUUGAGUGAAAUGGAAUCUGCCUCUGUGCCAUCUAAUGAACGUGCUUCUACAACCGGGUCUAAUGCUAAUUCUUCAUCUGUGAGGGCAAAAUGUGAUCCUGCAUGGGAUCAUGUAACUGAAGAGUUGAAAAACGGAAUAAGUAGUUAUAGAUGUAUACAUUGUGGGAAAACUUAUAAAGGAGGGGGCAUUAAUCGAAUGAAAAGGCAUCUAGCUGGAAUUAAAGGUGAUGUGGCUCCAUGUAUGGGUGUACCUUAUGAUGUUAGGUUCCAAAUGGUUGAGAAUUUGAAGGAAAUUUCAAAAUCUAAAGAACAAACCAAAAAGGAUCAAGAAGCAUCUAAUUAUUCGCCAUUAGAGGAUUCACCAGAAUUUGAAGAUGUCCAAGAAAUUACUCCUAGAGGUAGGGGGUUAGGUAGGGGAAAUAGAAGUAGUCCUAGUAAUUUUCCACCAAGAUCCAAUCUUGGCAAGAGAAAGGUUGGUGACAUUGAUAAUUACUUCGCUCCUAGGACAACACCGGGAGCUCAACCUUCUAUUAAAAGUGUGCUUGCUGGCAAAGAAAAGAAGCGGAGGGUUGAUAUGGCUGUAGCUAGAUGGAUGUAUGAUGCUUGCAUUCCAAUUAAUGCUGUGAAUUCUAGUUAUUAUCAACCUAUGCUCAAUGCUGUAGCUUCUUAUGGUCCUGGAUAUAGAGGUCCAAAUUAUCAUGCCCUUCAAGUGCCUUUGUUGAGAGAAGCAAAAAGAGAAGUUCAAUUGAUUGUUGAUUCUCAUCGUUCAUAUUGGGCUGAUACUGGUUGUACAAUAAUGGCUGAUGGGUGGACUGAUACUAGGCAUAGAACAUUGAUUAAUAUUCUUGUCUAUUGUCCUAAAGGUAUUAUUUUUAUACGUUCUAUUGAUGCUUCUGACUUGGUUAAGGAUGCUAUUACUCUAAGUAACUUGUUUGAUGAAAUUGUUAAUUGGGUCGGUCCUGCAAAUAUAGUACAUUUGGUCACUGACAAUGCUGCAAAUUAUGUAGCUGCUGGAAGAAUUUUGUGUGGAAAAUAUAGGAACAUUAGUUGGUCACCUUGUGCAGCACAUUGCCUAAACCUAAUUUUUAAAGAGAUUGGGAAGAUGGAUCAUGUAGCUAAACUUGCAAAGCGUGCAUCCAAGAUCACUGUGUUCAUCUAUAACCAUGUGGCUUUGCAAGCUUGGUUGAGGACUAGAAAAAAUUGGACAGAAAUUGUGCGUCCAGGGCCAACUAGGUUUGCUACUACUUUCAUUGCUUUAGGGAGUCUUAAGGAACAUAAGCAUGACUUACAAGCAUUGGUGACUAGCAAAUUUUAUGUUGAAUCAAAAUAUGCAAAAGAUAAGAAAGCAAAGGCAGUGGUGAAAAUCAUUCUUGAUAAUCAAUUUUGGAAUGAUUGUCAUGUAAUUGUGCAUAUUAUGUCACCAUUGAUUCGUUUAUUACGCAUUGUUGAUUCUGAUGAAAAACCAGCUAUGGGUUAUGUAUAUGAUGAUAUAUUCAUGCUGCUGCUUAUUGGUUGA